UCAAGGGAACACAUCAGCCAAAGGUCUAGAGAACACAGCCCCUCACACACAGACCCCAACAUGAAAGCCAAUCUACCCCGAAAAAUACGAUCCAUCUCCCACGAUAGCGGCCACAUUGGGCCAACCAAUGGUGGCCACCUCGGGCCAACCAAUGGCGGCCACCUCGGGCCAACCAAUGGCGGCCACCUCGGGCCAACCAAUGGCGGCCACAUUGGGCCAACCAAUGGCGGCCACACCGGGCCUACCAAUGGCGUCAACUUUAACGAGGGCAACAACAUGUCCGCCCAGGAUGGGAACAGCCUGGUGUCCAGUGAUGACCACAAGCUAGGGUCAAGCGAGACCAGCAUCGUGAGGACUGAUGCCAACAGGAACGCUGCAGAGGAGGCGCCGGUGGAAGGUGACGUCACUACCGACGGCGAGUCGGUCAAUGACCAGCAGCCAAUGGAGACAGAGGAGGAGGACGUCGUGUCGGUGCCGUCGCUGCCGUCCGUACCGCGGUCACGUGCGGUCAACCUAUCCAGUAAGCUGUGCAUUGACCAGUGUACUCUGGCCAACAAGAGGGUGCUGAUGAGGGUCGACUUCAACGUCCCCAUGGCCGACGGUCAAAUCACCAACACACAAAGGAUUGAGGCAGCUAUACCAACCAUCAAAAAAGCUUUAAAACACAAGGCCAAGGCCGUUGUGCUGAUGAGCCAUCUAGGCCGACCAGACGGUCACGUGGUUCCCGAAUUUACACUCGAGCCUGUAGCCCAAGAACUGCAGAGACUCCUGAAGAAGCCGGUGACAUUCCUCAACGACUGCGUGGGACCGGAAGUUGAAGAGGCGUGUGCCGACCCUCGACCCGGAAGUGUUAUACUGUUGGAGAAUUUAAGGUUUCAUGUGGAAGAGGAAGGCAAAGGUCUCAACGAUGAGGGCAAGAAGGUCACCGCGACACCAGAAGAGGUCAAGGCCUUCAGGGAGUCACUGACCAGGCUGGGCGACGUCUACGUCAACGACGCUUUUGGUACCGCCCACCGCGCCCACAGCUCCGUCGUGGGCUGUAACCUGGCUGUGAGGGCCGCAGGACUGUUGAUGAAGAAAGAAGUGCUGAGUUUCUCCAAAGUUCUCGAGAGCCCAAAACGUCCACUGCUCGCCAUCUUGGGAGGGGCGAAAGUCUCGGACAAAAUCCUUUUGAUAGAGAACCUGCUCGACACUGUUGAUGCCAUGAUCAUUGGAGGCGGGAUGGCCUUCACCUUUCUAAAGGUGCUAGACGACAUGCCCAUAGGAGACUCGCUGUUUGACGAAGAGGGCUCUAAGAUCGUCCCCCAUCUGAUGGAGAAGGCGAGGGAGAACAACGUGACCAUACAUCUCCCAGUCGACUUCAUCGUGGCUGACGCUUUUUCUCAGGACGCCAAUUCGGGGAAAUCCGAUCUUCAACAGGGAAUUCCCGAAGGAAUGAUGGGAUUAGACGUAGGGGAGACAACUAGUGCCAAGUUUGCUGACGUCAUCAGCAGUGCCCAGACCAUUGUAUGGAACGGUCCGCCUGGUGUCUUUGAGUGGGACAAGUUUUCUCAGGGGACAGAAGCCAUGAUGGCCGCUGUCGCCAAGGCAACAAGAAAGGGUGCGGUGACCAUCAUCGGUGGAGGUGAUACUGCCACAUGUGCCAAGAAGUUCAAGGCCGAGGACACGGUGACACAUGUCAGUACAGGGGGCGGGGCCAGUCUGGAGCUGCUGGAGGGCAAGAUACUGCCUGGCAUUGAGUCCCUGUCAAUCAACCCAAAACUUAAGGUAGACCUGGAAAGGCUCACGAUUGACCAGUGUUCUCUGAACGACAAGCGCGUGCUACUCCGUGCUGACCUGAACGUGCCGCUCAAGAAGGGCGUGGUCGCAGACAACAGCAAGCUACAGGCAGCUAUCCCCACGAUCAGGCUCGCGCUGGAGAAGGGAGCCAGAUCUGUUGUGGUCAUGGGGCACCUGGGACACCCCGAGGGUAGGGUGGUGGAGAGGUACUCCCUGAGGCCCGUGGCUGAGGAGCUGGAGGCCCUGCUGGGGGUGACGGUCACCUUCCUCCCCGACUGUGUGGGGCCGGAUGUUGAGGCCGCCUGCGAGGUUCCCUGGCCCGGGUCUGUGAUUGUUCUAGAGAAUCUACGCUUCCACCCAGAGGAGGUGGGCAAAGGGAAAUCCCCCGGGGGUGAGGACUUCACGCCAACCCCAGGGAGUGUUCGAGAGUUCAGGAACGCACUGAACAAGCUUGGUGACGUGUACAUCAACGACAGCUACAGCCUGUCGUACAGGAACGACAGCUCCAUCGUGGGCAUCAACAAGCGCCAGAUGGCCGGCGGGUUGCUCAUGGGGCGGGAGCUGCAACCCCUGCAGCAGGUGUUGUACCAGCCAACCCGACCCCUACUGGCCAUUGUGGGCGGGGUGGACACGGCCAACAAGAUGCCUCUGAUCGAGAACCUUCUGGAGAAAGUUGAUGAGCUAAUUAUCACCGGAAAUAUCGCCUUCACCUUCUUGAAGGAACUGUUCGGCAUGGACAUUGGCCUGUCCCCCUUCGACCCAGAGGCCGCUAAAUCUGUGAAUGACGUCAUUGAAAAAGCUAAAGAGAGGAACGUGAAGCUCCACCUACCGGUUGAUUUUGUCAUAGCUGACCCAACGUCAGCUGAGGCCAACACUGAAACAACAACCGUCCCCAACGGCAUUCCUGGCGACUGGAUAGGUUUAGACAUUGGUGAAGAAAGCCGAUCACAUUUCGCUGAAGCUAUAGCCGGGGCUGGCACCAUCUUGUGGGACGGCGUCCCGGGGGUGAGGGUCGAUAGCGAGGGUGCCAAGGCCAUGCUGGACGAUAUCAUUCAGGCCACUGAAAGAGGUGCCUUUACAGUUGUAACCGGAGAUGACGUCAUCGCGUGCUGCCGGAAAUUCGAGGCCGCGGAUAAAGUAGGUCACGUGGUGAGCGGAGGUUUCAUGACGCAGGAGAUCCUAAAGGGGAAAAUACCGGCAGGUGUGGCGGUGUUACACCCUAGUCCUGUCACAAAGACCGCGAAAAAGAAGAAAAGAAAGAAAAAGAAAAGAAAGAAGAAGAAAAAACCAGCACCAGUUGAGGAAGCACCAGCAGAACCCGCACCUCCGCCUCCACCUGUCAAGUACGUCCCGCCAUUCGUCAACACAAAACUCCUCGCACCGCUCAGCUCGUACGAGAAACCCAGGCAUCCAGUCAAAUACACAGGGGCUCCGCCCCCUGGUGCCAGCAAACACUACACCUCACCACUAUUCAAGAGAAAGCCUUGGCUCCCCCCACCAGAGCCUCAGUCUCCGCCCAGAAAACCUCCCGUGCCACGCCUCUCCGGCCACCCAGAACCACGCCCAUUACGAACGCCACCGCCCACAUUUGCUGAGCUGCCCUACAGUCAAAAGUACAAGGUGGGGGAGGCGGGGAAACCUGGGCCUGAGUUCACCCUACAACACCUGUCACCACUGCCACCCAUACGGUCAAAGUCCCCACCAAAAGUGCCCCGGGUUCCUGUCCAGCUGGAGACGUCUGCUAAAGUUGACCGUGAAGGACACCUGUCUGUACACAUCAAUCCAGACACCAAAGAAAUCCCCCAGGGUGCAACAGUUCAGCAGACAAUCCUGCGAGAGGUCUCAGUACAUCCGGUCUCUCGUGUCAAAUUUUACAUCCGGGACAUCAAAGACAAGCAUGUCUGCUGUAGGAUGAGGGACAGCCGCCCCCCACCCCCGGGGCUACUGUGGCCAGACCAAUGACGUCACCUGAAGUAUCUGCUUCUCUGUGUGUCUGGAAGCUGUCUGAAACUUAUCUCAAAAUGUUCUGAGUUAAACGAUUUGUCUACUAAAUGUUCAUAUUGAAGCCAUUAGGUUUAGAAAACAUUCCAGCUCUGUGUUUUUAAUUAUUUUUGUGGCCAACUGAUUCUGUUUCUUACACAUUGAAACAUAAGUUUUCGUCUAUAGCCUGUACUACAUCUGUUUCAGCUUAUGUUCAAGUCAACUUCAGACAUUUAAUAGUGACACGUUGGUUAAAAUUAUGAUAAAAUUUUAACUAGUUCCAACAAUUAAAGUGUGGCUUUAACGUUGAUGUACAAACUACAAACUUACUUGACUCUACAUCUGUCUACCUAUCUCGUCUACACGAUGGUUUUAUUUAUUCCCAGAUACCUGGUCUGGUAGCCUGUUAGCUCCUGACUCACUCCCAUUACCCACAACUGAACAGCCUCCCAUUACCCACAAUUCAACAGCCUCCCAUUACCCACAACUCAACAGCCUCCCAUUACCCACAACUCAACAGCCUCCCAUUACCCACAACUCAACAGCCUCCCAUUACCCACAAUUCAACAGCCUCCCAUUACCCACAAUUCAACAGCCUCCCAUUACCCACAACUCAACAGCCUCCCAUUACCCACAACUCAACAGCCUCCCAUUACCCACAACUCAACAGCCUCCCAUUACCCACAAUUCAACAGCCUCCCAUUACCCACAAUUCAACAGCCUCCCAUUACCCACAACUCAACAGCCUCCCAUUACCCACAAUUCAACUCAUCAGAAUCCAUUUCCUAAUUCACCAGCCUAUAAAUAACUCAACAUCAAUGCAUAUAUUCUCCUAAAGAUCACCAUUAAAAGAUUUAAAAAAAAA